AUGUACACUGUCAAUUCUGGUUAUAAAUUUCUGAUGAAGCAACACAGAAAGAGAGGCAGGCGCAGGCAGGAAGGAGCUAGCUCUAGCUAUACAGCAAGUGAUUCGGAGUUAGCUCAGAUGUGGAAUACACUAUGGAGUUUAAACAUCAAACAUAAAAUCAAAAUUUUCAUCUGGAAAUGCAUUCAAGGUGCCCUGCCUGUGAAAGCAACAGUAAAUAGACGAACGGGGGUGGGUGAUCCGAUAUGUAAGAUGUGUGGAUCAGCACAGGAAACAGUCGAACAUCUUCUGCUGAAUUGCCCCCACACGGAAAACAUAUGGAAGGCAUCUCCCAUUCAGUGGGAUGGAGCAAAGGAGCAACAGGGAGAUUUCAAAAGGUGGUGGCUAAGAAUCUCUGAAGCAAGGCACAGGACAGAAGGGAUGGAACACAUUGGAUUAACUGCAAACAUCCUGUGGCAGGUGUGGAAAGAAAGAAACAAAAGAGAAUUCGAGAACGCUACCUUUGAUCCCCCUUUCAAAUCUAUAAGGAAAGCUCAUUCGGAAUGGUUAGAGCAGCAGCAAAUAGAGUACAAAGAGAAAGGAGAGAGCACAGAUGAAACAGUCCCUAGGCAAGAUGCUCAGAAUCAGAAUUAUGGAAAUGAAGGAGAAGUGCUAAUGGAGGUGACUACAUCCACGAAGCAAGGGCAGUUGUUUGUGGGAAUUGGAGUCACAGUUCAGCUUUUUGCAAGUAACACGAUGAUAGGGUGGGCACUGAAAGACAUUAGUUCUGGAAACAAAAUCCUAGAUGAAGCUUUGGCACUGAAGCUGGUGUUGUGUAAAGCUGUACAACGCAAGUGGAGCAAUCUUAAGCUGAGAUUUUGUAACAAGGAACUGUGGAGACAAUUAAAAUAUCAGAGCCCAGCGAACAGCAAAAUGGCAACAGUACUUGAAGACAUCUCUCAGUUACAGAGAUUGUUUUGCAUGUGCUCUUUUGUUUUGGAUAGGGAAGAAAAUAUGAUAGUCAGUAAAACACCGAGUGUUGAUACUUUAAGCAUUAUUGUGGAUGAGGAGCGACAGCUUCCUCAGAGUCUUUGA